GAAACAAACAACAACCAGUCGGAUCGAUUGCCUCUGUCGCUGCAGUCCUGUGAGAGUCCGCCAUGUCCUCGAUACCGAAUCGCGCCACCAUCAGGCAGGCCUCGGUGGCCGCCCGACAGCGCCAGAGCCGCAGCCACCGCUUGACGCGCCACACAUGCUUCACGAUGAAGCGGGCCGCCAUCUUCCAGGUGCGCAAGUCGCUGGUGGAGUACGUGGACGUGGAGCUGGCCGACAUGGAGACGUCGGUGUUCUACCAGCGCAUCUUCAUCCUGGCCAAGAACGGGUGCCUGGAGCCCGAGGUGGAGGCGUUGACCGAGGUGGAGGAGCCGCCCACCAGUGCCGCGGAGGCGGAGAAGAAGGAGCCCGAGCUGAUGGCCGCCGAGGAGGAGGCGCCAGUGCCCCUGGACGAGACCACGCAGGGCUCCACCACGGAGAUGUCGCUGGCCAAGGCGGAGGGCACCGAGGAAGCGACCGCAGAUGCUCCAGGCGAGGGGCCUGCCACACCGCAGUCCGCACAAGAUCCUACACAGCGCGUGAACGCGGAGCCCGACGCUCAGGCGGAGGUAGUGACCCGGACCUUUCGCUUCAGCGAUGAGUUCGUCCAGCCCUCGGACGCGGCGCUUGAAGACGAGGGGGAGGAGGAGGAGGAGGCAGAGCCAGAGCCCGAGGCGGAGUCGGAGCCGGAGCCCCCCAAGGCCAGGGACUACUUCGAGACGUUCUGCGAGAAGUUGCAGCAGCUGCACCACAACUGCCAGGCGGAGGCCUUCACCCCGGAUCCCGUCUGCGGGCUCUUCAUCUACAUGGGCGACUACUCGCUGCUGAUGCUGGAGGCCAGCGAGGACAUGAUGGGCUGCUUCUGCCGCCAGCUGGUGGCCUGCAGCGGCGAGUUCUGGCUGAGCAACCGCGUCUUCCAGACCGAGGAUCACAUCAAGCACCUGUACACCAAGGAGCUGACCUUCCGCCGCAUUCCCGGGGUCUUUCUCAACGAGAAGUUCCCCACCUCGACGCCCACGGAUGAGUACCUGAUGGGGAAGCAGCACAUGAUCAUCAAGGAGAAGCUCCUCAUCAUCUGCCGCCUCAUAGCCGAGAGUCUGGCGCCCUCCGAGCCCAGUCCGGACCCCGACAAGGAGCAGGACCACCACCAGACCGUCAGUAGAGUCCCCUCCCGCCAACGCUUUCAGGAGCUUGAGGAGGAGCGAGAGCCGGAGAAGGUCCUCAGCACUGCCGCCAGUCGAACCGGGAGCAAGGCCCCUAGUGUGGCGCCCAGCACGACCCCCAGUGCGGUCCCCAGUACGGUCCCCAUCAUGGUCCCCAGUAGGGCCCCUAGUGUGGCCCCCAGUAUCGCUGCCAGCACGGCCGCCAGCGUGGCGGGUUCCCUGAAGGCCAAGUCCUUGGAGCAAGUCGAGUUCCUGUCGGUCGACGUCUACCGCAAGUUUCUGCCGGAGAUCCAGCGCAUCGAGCUGGUGCUGGCCUCCACACGCUUCUACUUCACCCUGGCCGAGUUCCUCGACCUCUACGGCACUGCCCCGCAGACUCCCGACGAGGACGGCCUCUUCUGGCCCAUCCAGAACAACUACACGCCGCCCAACAUCUUCCGGCGCACUCCGUUCGACAUCAACCUGACAUUCGCCGACUACGUGGCGGCCAAGAUGAAGACGGAUGACGAUCAUCACCGGGAGUCCCAUCUAGACUUCGACGACCUCGAGCAGAUACCCGAAACGCAGCAGCGACCACCAGAGGGGGACAGGGAGGCCGGUCCUCCAGCCCAAUGAAUGGGUUCUCUUUCUCUCUAUCUCUUUCUCUCUAACAGUU